UCUGCCAUCUUCAACUUUCAGAGUCUACUGACUGUAGUGUUGCUGCUCAUAUGUACCUGUGCCUAUAUCAGAUCCUUGGCUCCCAGCUUACUGGACAAAAAUAAAACUGG